AUGUAUCACGAUAUUUCCGCCCUUUCUCCUGAGGAGAGCGUUAUACGUUUUAAUGAGAUACGUGUUAUACGUUUUAAUGAGAUUAACUCCGAACCAAGGCCUUCAGCCGAGUGGCUGGCAAAGAAGAAAAAGUUGAGAGAUGCAUGGAUCACUUCUUCACCUACGACGACAACGACGGAAGAUGCACUCUCAUUCUCGGAUCAAUCCUAUACACUGCUUAUCGCAGUACUCGGAUCGUUAUGA